GUCUGGAUGAAUAAAUACCGUCGCGAUCAAAUGGUUGAGACAAAUUUCAGAAGCUUCACGAUGAAGGUCACGGGAGCCUUCCUCCUCGCCGCUCUCAUGGUUUUUAUUUUUGCCGACAUGUCCAAGAAUGUCAGUGCCAGUGACGAAACUGAACAGCCUGCCUGCGAUAACUACCAGGUGCCACAUUGUCCCAGAAACUAUUCACCAGUCUGUGGGACAGACGGCUAUACGUAUUCGAAUGAAUGCUUAAUGUGUCUUGAGAUCAAGCAAAGGGGUGUCAACAUCCGCAUUGUGAAACACAGCGAGUGCUGAGGAGACACCCUCCACCGUACGGGACAGAG